CGAAGACCGCUUCGUCGGUUACGCCAUCGCAAUGACCAUUUGUCAGUUCUUUCUUCAAGGCCGGUGCCGCUUUGGAGACCGGUGCUGGAAUGAACAUCCGGGCGUCCGGGGUGCGGGCGGGGCGCGGCAGCAACCACAGCAACAGCCCUCAGGUAGUAACAGGCGUGGAUGGAAUGCCACCAGCCAGAGAUACUCCAGUGUCAUCCAACCAUCUAGUUUCUCCAAAUCCACACCAUUGGGGGGCAGCAGAGAUCAAGAAAAGUCAUCUUUCAGUUCUUUUGAUUCUGGAGCUUCAGCAAGCAGGAACAGGGAUUUUGGAUUAUCUCAGACCCCAUUCUCUUCAUUUACUGCUGAAGAGCAGAAAGAUGAAAAAAAACUUCUGGAAGGAAUUAUAAAAGAUAUAGAGAUUUGGGAAUCAUCGGGGCAGUGGAUGUUUUCUGUUUAUUCACCAGUGAAAAAGAAACCUAAUAUUUCAGGUUUUACAGACAUUUCACCAGAGGAGUUGAGGCUUGAAUACCAUAACUUCUUAACCAGCAAUAACUUACAGAGUUAUCUAAAUUCUGUCCAACAGUUAAUCAAUCAAUGGAGAAAUAGGAUAAAUGAACUGAAAAAUCUAAAUACCUCAACUAAAGUAGUUUUGCUCUCCAACAUAAAGGAUGGAGUAAAUAAAGCAGCACCUGCAUUUGGAUUUGGAAGUAGACAAGCAGGAGCAUUUGGGUCAAAAGGUUUUCCAGUGAAUAACAGCAGCAACGAUAGUGCUCAGAAUUUUAGUUUUAAAGCAAGCCCUGGAUUUGUCACUGCCCCUUCUGGAAACCCUUCGGUGUUUGGGAGUCCUCCAGCAUUUGGUGCUGUACCCUCUGCCAGUUCUGCCAUCUCUACUUGCACUCCAGCUUUUGGAUUUGGGAAGCCUGGAAUCACAUUGGCUGCUUCAUUUUCAUUCAAGAGCCCUGUAGCUUCCAGUUUUGGAUCAGCUGGAUUUUCUGGAUUUCCAGCUUCCUUGGCGUCAGGCUGUGUUGGGGCUUCAGUGGCCCCAGCCUUCGGAAGUAGCAGUUCUGUGGCUGGUUUUGGUGGUCCUAGUUCACAUUCUCACACUGCUUUUUCCAAAGAGACUAGUGACAUCUUUGGCAGUAACAACAUGUCUGCCUGCAGUGCCACUGACACUACCGAUAAUGUGCUAUUCACACCCAAGCAUCAACUAAGAGUAGACGAACUGGAGCAAUUUCAGUCCAAGAAAUUUACUUUGGGAAAAAUUCCAUUAAAGCCACCACCUGUGGAGCUUUUAAGUAUGUAAAAGGGCAACUAGGAUCAACCUGGAGCUCAUGUGUGCUAGGCAAGCACUCUACCUCUCAGCCCUACCCCCAGCCCUAAUCUUGAGUGGUUCAUAUGAAAGCAGAGCUAUAUAUGCAUA